AUGAGCCAGUUACCCACAUCAAUAGCGCCCUUGCUAAGCACAAUAGCACCUAAUCCAGCUACGCCAUCUACAACAAACCCAGUCAACAGGCCUACCACUACUGCCAAAAUGGUAAUGAAUCCUAGUCAGAUACAGAGAAACAAACUGCAAAAUGUGCCUGCCUUCUUGAACAAACUAUACAAUAUGGUAGACGAUCAUACGACCGAUGAGCUUAUACGUUGGUCUGAUGAUGGCUUGUCCUUCAUUGUAGUUCGACAUGAAGAAUUCGCCAAAAAAGUACUACCUCGCUUCUUCAAGCACAGCAAUUUUUCCUCCUUUGUGCGUCAAUUGAACAUGUAUGGAUUUCACAAGGUACCUCAUCUUCAAAAUGGUGUAUUGAGCACUGAAGGAGAGUCAGAACGCUGGGAAUUCAGCAACCCUCACUUUCAACGUAAUCAGCCUGAUUUGCUACUACUGGUGACUAGAAAGAAAGGGCGUGAUCCAGAAGAGAAGGAGACAGGCACCGUUGAUUUGCACCACAUUCUAGAUGAAAUUGCAGCCAUCAAGAAGCACCAAAUGUCGAUUAGUAAUGAAUUAAAGAAUGUCCAGACCGACAACCAAGUAUUAUGGCAAGAAAACAUUGCUUCCAGAGAGCGCCAUCACAGACAUCAGGAAACAAUUGACAAAAUUUUGAGAUUCUUGGCCUCUGUUUUCUCUAACGAAAAGAACAAGCAUGUUGUUAUUCCUCGUAAGCGACAAUUCCUACUUGGAGAUGGAUCAAAAGAAGGCGAACAAGAGAACCAGUUCAACAGCAACCAGAAACGGGAACAUAGUAAGAUCGAGGAUGUGGAAGACGAAAGCGAAGAAAAGCCUUCCAAGUAUGCUCGCAGAUCACCGCAAUUUGAUAUAUCGGAAUUCGUGAACGAUGCCAGUAAUCUACCACAGCCCACGGCAACAUCACCUUCGUCUUCAUCCACGACUCCUGCAACUGCAGACCUUGCAGCAGCCAUUGCUCUUAACGAUCAAACCAAAAAAGACACAGCUGCAUCAUUAGUGACAGUGCCUAGUUUGAAUGCCACAUCUACAUCUGUAUCUCCAUCAACUACAACAGCUAUAAACAGCAGCAAAGCCAACAAUGCACAAGCAACCAUACCUGCUAUACCCACUCCUGAUCUUUCCUCUCUUUUAAAUUUACCUCAAUUUCAGGGCUUGGUGACAUUGGCGCAAACGAAUCCGGCUUUAUUCAAUCAGCUUACAAAUAGUAGCUACUUUGAUGUUCCAGCAUCCUCGACACCAUCCACUGUCGCUAGCCCACCACCUCUUCUCAACCUCUCGAAAUCUAGUACACCCAUUGAUACACCUAUUGACGUAGGCACUCCUACUUUGUCCGCUGCCCCCUCGACAGCCGAAGAUUUGGAAUCAAGUUUGAAAUCCCUCGCUUCCGAACUUGGAUUUGGAGCAGAUGAUGCCAAUUCGAUGGAUUAUGUCAAUAUGGAGGAUUUCCUGAAUACUUAUACAAAUCAACCCCCUCCUUUGCCUUCUCCAUCUGUUGCCACUUCUGCUUCCAACUAUAAUACAAAGACUGACUAA